AUGGCAGGCGUACAGCCCGAAGCCUCUGCGAAACCAAACCAGGAUGACCUUGUACCUGGCGUUCCAGAUGAAGAUCUGUGGUUAUUGAUCCGACGCUUCAAUAAGCAAAUAUAUAAUGUGCAAGCCACGUCUGAACCUCGUGCGGGUGACCUCGACCUCAAUCCCGUCCAAGAUGAACAAUUUCCGCCAGAGAAAGUGCGAAUUACACUGGAGAGGCUCUAUGUCUCUGUUAUUGUAGGGGUGAUCACGUUGUAUACUCAUGUCGUCAGGUUGCGGUCGUGGAAUGAGCCCCGACGUACCUCAGCCUUUUGUGCAACCUAUUUCGUCGCAUGGUUUCGGGGUAUUCUCGUUCCCACCAUUUCUCUCUUCCUUGCUGCUUUGAUUCUGUUUCCGUCACUACGGCCCUUGUUGUUUCCUAGUCUUACUCCCGAAGACAACGGGCCCAAGACCCAGCCACAGCAGGCCACAGACCAACCCAGCAAGCACAAGGGCGAAGCUGCGGAGCAAGAAGCCAAUAGUCUCAUGAACAGCAUUGCUAAAAUUGCAGUGAAAGCGGCGACGAGCAGACAUGGCCAGGAAAGUACUGGUGACAGUCUAGAAGAGACGCUUGCUUCAGACUCGACCACAGAUGUCAAUACCAUCCCAGAUGCUGCGGUGACAGGGGACGAUACCAAAAGGUCCAUGAGAAAGGCGGUCGCCAAUGCCACCACCCAAGCGAUGCGUGUAAUCAGUGACGGCACCGACAUUUACGAGAUGUUCUCCAACGUCCUUUCUCCGACGCCGCCCUUCACCUCUGUGACGGCGCAGAUUCAGCUAGUUGGUGUUCUUCUCCUGAUCUGUUUGCUCACCUCCAUCGUAUCAAAUGACUUCAUUGUCAGAGCCAACAGCUUCACCCUCGGCUUUAUCUUCUUUGGCGGUCCCAUGCACCAGUACUCUAUGAACUACCUUAAUGAGAAAUUCCCCGACUGGAAGAAAUCCCUGGAUCCACGAGAAACCAUUCUGAAGAACAUCCCCACCAACGCUCAACUAACACUUACCCUCCUCCGACUCUGCGAAACCAACAACACCCCGCUCCCCUCCCCACCAUCCUCCCUACAACCCCACUCCAACAAUCCCAUACCAUCAUGGAUAACCUACAAAGACAAGCUCAAGAUCACAGCCACUGCUGCUGCAGCAGCUAGCUCAACCAGCCUCACCACAACCGCCACCGCUACCACCACCACAUCCACAUCUACCUCCGAGCCCUCCACCUCCAAGCGCAGGAGAUUCCUCCCCCGCCUCCUCCGCAUCCUCCGCACAACCAUCACGCUCGCCACAAAGGGCCACUCCGCAUUCAACCAAGCCAUGGCAAUCGCAGGCGCCACGCAGGGCACCAGACGCCUCCUCCUCACCAUGCACCGCCGCAAUUGGGAAUGGGAGACCUCCGGCCCCGACACCUUUGACGCGAAAUUCGAGCGUAAGCGCGGCACAUUGGUCAUCGACUCCUCCUCCUCCCCGUCCUCCUCAUUCAACCCCCCAGAAAACGAGCCUUCAACCGCUCAGCUAGAAGAAGAAGAAGAAAAAGGUGAGAACUUAAAUCCAUCUCCGAUCCUCUACUUCAGCACCCUCCACUCCGCCACCCUCGAGGACCGCCGACUCGAGCACCAGAAGAAAGGAACGGUCUUGUUCCAGAUACCCAUCUCUCAAAUCCGAGGCCUCCGGAAGACGGAAGGGCUGGGUUGGAAGGGGAAAUUGAUCGUGGAGUUGGCGGCGGGGAGCAAAGAGUCGGUAGAUGGGUUGGUGAUCUGCGGGGCCGAGGAGGGUCAGACGUAUCAUGUCACUGGGAUGAAGGCGAGGGAUCAGUUGUUCAAUCGGUUGGUGGCUAUGGGGGGCCAGGCGUGGGAGAGGGUGUGA